CAGGCUGCAGCGGAGGAAGCACAGCAUGUCUACAAGCUAUCCCACUCCAAUUUACUCUCACGCCGGGCGAGGAGACUUCACAGAUGUUUAUGAGCCAUCGGAGGAUUCAUUCUUGUUAAUUGAUGCUCUGGAGAAAGAUGCACAGAGGAUACAGCAGAUAAGCCCAUGUGUGUGUUUAGAGGUCGGCAGCGGCUCAGGAGUUGUAUCUGCAUUCCUCGCAUCCCUGGUUGGAUCUUCAGCUUCUUAUCUUUGCACCGAUGUGAAUCUUGCAGCAGCACAGUGUACAGCAAAGACAGCUUCCUGUAACAGUGUUGCACUGCAGCCUGUCGUUACAGACCUGGUGGAGUGCCUCUUGCCCAGGUUGAGUGGGAAAGUGGAUGUCCUCCUUUUCAACCCUCCCUAUGUGGUCACACCCUCAGAAGAGGUUGGUAGUACUGGGAUAGAAGCUGCUUGGGCCGGGGGGAAGCAAGGCCGAGAGGUGACUAAUAGAUUCCUGCCUCUGGUGUCAAAGUUGCUGUCCAGUAAAGGGCUGUUUUACCUCAUUACCAUAGCUGAAAAUGAUCCAGAGGAGAUCCUCCGAUUACUGGGAAAACAUGGUUUGAAAGGAGAGUCGUUCCUGUCUACAAGAGCUGGGAAUGAAAGGCUGUCUGUCCUGCGCUUCCACAGGAGUCAACAAACGUGAACUGAAAACUGAAGUCAGUGGAAAGGAUAUUUCCUUCAUCUAAUUGAGCAGUCUUGAGAAAGAACCCUUUUUUUAGCAUGACAUAUGCUGGCUGAAAGGAUUUAGGUGCCUCUCAUGUACUGGUUAAAAAAAAACAGACUUACACAACUUGUAUUGAGGUUUAAUAAUGAAACUGCAGUUUCAGCUCCACAGACAUCCAGAAAUUCAUCAUACUAUAGUUAAUUAUACUAAAAGUUCGUGCAGCAUUUCAAGUAUUAACACCAUGCCUUUUCCCCUGAAUUCAGAGGUUAAUCCCAGUGCAGACAAAUCUGACAAUUCUCAAAAGGUUAUAAAUGGAAUGUAACAUUUGUUUCAAGUAAAAUGCUCACAAGGACAGAAAUCUUACUGUGUACACAAGCAAGCAAACACAAGAGGCUGAUAUGCUGGUCAUUCAUCUGUGUGUGUG